CCGUUGAUUUUUUUUGAUUCCUCCUCCAUUUUCUUUGUCAUCUCAUAUAAUCUUUUCCAAUUUUUUGUUUUUGGUUUUUGAUUACGUGUCGUUUUGUGGAGCUCCCAUCGUUGUCUUCGUCGUCCUCAGCUUAUUUUUCUAGCUGCCUCUAGCAGAUAGAUAAAACUCUGAAAUCAGUUUGAAUUCAUACUCGAGCCGUUGAAGAACUUAACAGCAAACUAUGAAGUACCUUCUUGUUUUGUGUUUGGCAUUAGCCGGAACCGCUUUAGCCUCUGACGCUAGCAAAGGCCCAAAAGUCACCGAUAAGGUGUUCUUUGACAUCACAAUUGGUGGAUCACCCGCUGGAAGAAUUGAAAUCGGUCUUUUCGGUGCUACCGUCCCAAAGACUGCUGAGAACUUCAAGCAAUUAGCUGAGAAGCCAGAAGGCGAUGGUUUCAAGGGAAGCAAAUUCCAUCGCGUCAUUAAAGAUUUCAUGAUCCAAGGAGGUGACUUCACCAAGGGCGAUGGAACUGGAGGACGAUCAAUCUAUGGUGAACGUUUUGCCGAUGAGAACUUCAAACUGAAGCACUAUGGAGCUGGUUGGUUGAGCAUGGCCAAUGCCGGAAAGGACACUAACGGAUCCCAGUUCUUCAUUACAACAAAACAAACUUCCUGGUUGGAUGGACGUCACGUUGUCUUCGGAAAGGUGCUUUCGGGAAUGGAUGUUGUUCGCAAGAUAGAAUCCAGUGCCACCGAUGGACGCGACCGUCCAGUUAAAGACGUUGUUAUUGCUGAUUCUGGCUCAAUUCCAGUUUCUGAACCAUUCUCCGUUGCCAAGGAGCCCUCACAAGAAUAAACCAUCUCGGCUAAUGGGGAUACGCAAGUGUGAUGAGUUCAAUGGCACAGUUUCAUCUUUAAGAGAACAGAUCCAAACAACUCGGAGAAAGAUAUAAACAAAAGAUUAAUUUUUGCAUUUAAAAUAAGAGAAUAAAAGUUUUUUUUUUAUAAGAAACAAAGAAUAA